GCGGUUGAUUGAAUGAAUAUAUACGAUUAUUUAAUUCAACUGAAUCCUGUUCCUGUUAAAAUUCCUUUGAAAUGUGAUGACAAAUUAAGGCAAGGACAAAUUAUAUGAACAGUUUUUUCCCGGCUUUAAAUUAUAAGUAACAGUGGGUGUAGCUAUGGAGAUAAUCUUUUUAUCUGUGACACGAGUAUUAUCCUUGUUUAUGGUAUUAUUUAAUUAACUUAAUGUGACUAAAAAUCAAUUACCAGCACCUACCUACAUGCUUAAUUUGUCCACAGUGAAUAUGAAGUUUUAAAAAAUGAUUUUGAUUAUAUAUGAAAUUCUUGGGUAAAUUAUUAUAGUCCUUUUACAUUAAAGGAAGUUAAUUUUUAUUUUAUUCAAGUGCUUUGAAGGAUUUUGUAGAAUGAUAUACAAAUUUUUAAUAUUAAUAAUCUUCAACACAGUUAUAUUAAGUUCUAGUGAUCUCAAUAUAAUAUUGAGGACUCGAACAUCUUUCUUAGAACGGUAUCAAGGUUACAACAAUAUAGUUAUAAUACAUUUUAAAGUGCCUCAGGAUACUUUGUUUGCUUCGUUUAAGUUUACUGCAGAUGAAACACGGAUGUCAGUUUUUGCUUGUUCAACAAGAAAUGUUUCACUAUUCAUGAAACACGGCGGACCUCCUGUUAUAAAUCCCGAUGGAUCUCCAUUUCCGAAAACUUUCAAAAAUAUAACUAGAAGUAAAUUAUAUAAUUAUGAAUUUCAAACGGACAAAACGGAUGUUUAUAUUAACAUUACUUCACCGAAACCUGGAUCGUAUUAUGCUGCAACAUUUCUGUCUUAUACGGAUCCAAGACAAAAUGCAAUAACGCAACAGGGGUUGAGUCCUUCUUGUUAUGCCAGUGUGGAGGCCGUUUUAUCUACAGAGAGGGCUGCGAUGCCAAUUAUAGUAUCGGAAAAUGAGGUUAUUGAGCUAACACCUUUCACGAACGAAAACAGGUAUAUCAAAUUUUUUGUACCAAGUCUGAACGAUCGAGGUGUGAUUAUAAUAGAAGAAAUUUCCUUUGCCGGCGAUGCAGACGAUUUGGUUAUUCGAGUAGAGGCAAAUAGACCCCCUUCAGAGCAAGUUUUUCAGGUAGAGGAGAUAUUUUUUCCCAACGUAUCAUCUGCAUCCGUUCAGUUUUUUGUGAAGCCCGAUUCGUGGCAUUAUAUAGAAGUUAUAUUUCGAAAUGAAUCUAUUAAAAGUGUGCUGGAAGGAACCUCUAAAUUAAGAUUCAGUCUACGAUAUCUUUCAAAUGUUUUAUUAGAAGAACCAGAAACGUUCGGUUUGAUCGAGAACGAUACUGUGUGUAAUAAUUCCAUAUUUAGGACCUUUUACAAUAACAACAUUACCGAUGUUAUUCCGUACAUACAAUACGAUUUGUUAAGGGAGGCGAGUACUGAAAGCUUCGUAUUUUCUUACGAAUUAGUGAAAGAAAUGGACGCAAAUCGUGCAAUACCGGUUAAUAUAACCAAUAAACAUUUUUCACUUUUGAAAUUCGAUAUUCGCGAGGGUACUGACAUAGGAGGAACUCUUCAGUUUAUAAUAGCUUUCAAGCCGAAAGUAUCUAGAAGGAACUCGAGGAUUGUCGUUUUCGAGGACGAACCCGAGGAUCACGUCGUAAUAGCGUGUAUACGACGUGGGGCGAUUGAAAUACCAACUUGGCCUAGCUCCUGUGUGUCAAAUGGAGUCGAGAGGCCAGCACGGUUAAUAUUAAACAAAACGGUAGAUAAUUCGUCCAUCUUGAUACCUUUCCCUGAAAGUGGGACUUGGUACGCCUCUUUCAAGUUGUUCUGCGGUAAAUGCGAACCGUGUAAUUGUUCGGAUGACUGUCAGCGGCAGUACAAGGAAUGUUCGCUCUCGUGCGAGUUGGACUGCAUGAACGAUGAGAAUUGCACUUCUUGUUUGGAGGAAUGCAAAAGAACCGUCCUAGACUCGGAGAACUGUGAGGGCUGUGAUUGCGACGGGCCUUGCAAAACGAGCAACGUUACGUGCAACAGUAGCGUUAUUUUUGAUAUCGGGUCAAAACCUUGCGUUUUGGGGCAGUGCUCGCCGAAUGGGAGGUGUAUGUUUAUGAUCUCCGAUGGGGUUGUGUUCUCGACUUGUGUCUGUUCGAACAGGUAUAGAGGCUGGUCCUGUACCGAUGGUUCUCAGGCAACCCCAUACUGUAUGGUAGUACUGGAAUUGCUUCUUCUAGUGCUGAGCAAUCUCAUGUUCUUACCUGCAGUGUACGUCGCUUUCAGAAGGAAGUACUACAUAGAAUCCAUAACUUACUUCGCGAUAUGUUUCUUCUCGACUUUCUACCACGCGUGCGAUGCAGGUGAAAACAUAAUCAGUUACUGCUUGGUACGAUGGAGUGCACUACAGUUCGCAGACUUUUUUUGCGCCCUUCUGGCGAUUUGGGUCACUAUUAUCGCGGUAGCGGAUCUCCCGCCCGUGAUCACGUCCAUAUGUCACAUGUUAGGGGCGAUUAUCCUAGCCUUUUGCACGAGCAUCGACAGACAGGCUCUGUGGAUUUUCGCGUUUCCCGUAUCGCUGGGUAUCGCCAUAUGGUGCGUGAGCUGGUACUUGAAGUACAGGAAAAUCAAGCAGAGGUUCGUGAAUAAGAGAUAUAUUUACAUUAACAUACCAGUCGGGAGCACGUUGGUUGUUGUCGGUCUGAUCAUGUACGCUUUCUUACAAACCGAAGGGAACUAUAAAUACCUGCACAGUCUCUGGCACAUGAUCAUGGCCGUCGCCAUUAUUAUAGUCUUACCGAAACGGGAUACUUUCCUGCCGGAUGUGUUGCUGUAGUCGUUUUUCUCCCCAAAUAAUGAAUUUAGUGUCUUCUAUUUUUUUAACUAUUUAUUUUAUAAAAGUUUAAAAAUCCCAUGAUUUGAUGUAAUUAAUAAUGCGGGUACUAAAUUGAGAAAAAUACUUUAAAUUGUGAUAUUUAGUUUUUUAAAUGAAGAAAAUGGGAGCCGGGAAGUAUAAAAGUGUUAUAUAAUUUUCAGAUAAAGCUAAACUCCUGAAUAAAAUUAACCUUUAGCCCAGUAAAUGAAAAAAAAUGUGUAAAAAAAUUUGUUUCAGAUUGAAACUUGGUUUAAU